UAUGAUAUUACUAGCUAAUAUACAAAAAUAAUAAACAAAACUUUGCUUUUCUGAUUAUUCAUUCUAACUUUGCUGAUUCAUAUUAUGAAAUCCUAAAUCUCUGGUUUAUUUACGACUUUAAAUUUCAAUUUCAUAAUAAUGUUUAAUUUAAAACCCAAAUUAAAUCGAGAAUUGACUGUUAUGUUUACUUUUAUUUUCUCGUAGUUUAGAAAUUAUUGUAAAGUUCAUAAAUAUUGAUUAUGCUCUUCCAAAAUCUACCCCAAUUUGUACUUACAUAUUUGCGCUUUGCUAAAUUCACCUGCCGGACUUUCUGUCAUCGUUCUACAAAAAGAAAAAAACUCACCACUGAAUCCACUCGUCUUCAGAAGGAACUGAUUGAUAAAAAAUCAGUUUCUCGGGCUAAAAGAAAUGAUUAUCUGUACAUCAAAAAUACGAAAGAUGCUGAAUGUGUAGCAUCAUAUUUGUGUCGAGAUUGGAUGAAGGGAUACAUUUUAGAAGCAAAUCCAGGACCUGGAGCUCUUACAAAAGCCAUUUUGAAUAAUGGAGUUGCUUAUUUGAGAGUUUUUGAAAAGCAAGAAGAGUUUUUACCUGCACUAAAAGAACUUUCAUUGAAAUAUUCAAAUCUGGAUAUUGUUUCUGAUGAUAUGAUGUUUUUACCAUCAUUAGAAGCAAGAUUGUCUACAAAUGAGUCAAGUUCUUUAGAUAGUUUCUUUUCUGAUAUUCCUGAAUGUGCUUGGGAAGGAGGAAUAUCAUUCAGGUUCUUCUCUAUAAUUUAUGGUAAACGAUGCAUCAAAUUCCUUCGAUAUUUGCUUGCUGUACUUCCCAAUAAAGGAUCACUUUUCUCACUUGGAAGAUGUGAAUUCUUUCUAAUUAUUCCGGAAAAUGAAUACUUGUAUAUGCUUGCUGAACCAAAGCUCAAUUUUGCUAGAUAUCGUUGGGUGACUGUACUCUAUCGUGUAUUUUUUGACAUUCAAUUCCUUGAAAAAUUCUCUCCUGAAAUUCUUCAUUCUGCUGUUUCACAUAGGAAAAAGGCAAUGAAAGAGCGGAACUUUUAUUUAAUGAAACUUACUCCUAGACCUGACUUAUUUUCGUUUAUUGUGAAUGGUAAUAGAUUGCCAGAUUUUUAUUUCUUUGUUCGUCACCAUCUCAUCAAACGGACAGGUUUAGUUAUUCCUACACUGGAAGGCUGGAUUCCCUCCUGUGGUCCUAGACUCAUUAAAGAAGGGAUGCAUUUCUUCACCAAAUUUGGGGAUCUGAGCCCUAAACAAAUUUUAGAACUUUUCAACCAAUUCUCCUCAUGGCCUGAGUAUGAGGAUUCAUCAUUUUGUACUGCACUUCAGAGGUAUUAUGGGAAAUGUCCUUUGUCAUUUGAAGAAGACAGCAACGUUUAAUUCUCAUGUACAGUGUGCAAAAUAAAAAUUGGACCACUCUUAAUAACUCUUGAACUAAUGAUGAGAUCUUGACGUUCUAAAACUCAAUCUUAAUGGUUCGAGGGUGAGAUAUUAAACAUGCUAAUUAAUUAGUGCAGAUAGUAUUUUAAGUUGCAAAAUCAGACACAAUAACGUACUUUCUCUGAAUAAACAUACUUUUUUUUCAACGGAUUUGGAUUUUUGACCCCCAAAUCUGGGUAAUAAUGUUCCAAUAGUUAGGUCAGAGGAGCGGUUAAAAGUAUGGAUCUCUUAAUGUUAAUUUUAUAUUUUCCGUAUUUUGCUUUAUCUCUAGAAUUUUA